AUGCUCAACCAGGCAAUGAAGUCUUUCUCGAACCUCACAAUGGGCCCUCAAGAUGAGCAAGAAGAAAAGAAGUCGCAAGAGACAACCAAAUACUCACACUGGCGAAUAGUCAGGGACGCAACCCUCAUCACAACACAAGUACUAGAGCACAACUAUGUCGGUGAUGGUACAGCUACAAGCAUGCACCAAAUCGACUGGAUUCCAUCAGACCCACGAAACCCCCAAAACUUCCCGACAACAGUAAAAUGGUUCGUAACAGCCAUUUCCGCAUUCUCAACACUCACAAUGGCAUUCGCUUCCUCGGCCUACACCGGCGCUCUCAUCUCAAUCGAAACCCAAUUCUCUGCAUCCUCACCAGUAGCUCUACUCGGCGUAUCUCUCUUCGUCUUCGGUUUCGCAGUCGGUCCUCUCCUCUGGGCACCACUCUCCGAGCUCUACGGCCGCAGAAGCGUCUUCGUCCUCGCAUACGGAUUAUUCGUAAUCUUCAACAUCGGCGCCGUCCUCUCAACCAGCAUCUCUCAACUGAUAGUCUUCCGAUUCUUCGCUGGAGCGUUCGGCUCAGCUACACUUACCAAUACGGGGGGUAUGAUAGCAGAUAUGUUCUCUGCUGCGGAGAGAGGGCUGCCAAGUAGUAUUUUUGCUUCUGCGCCGUUUUUGGGACCGGUUAUUGGGCCUAUUGCGGGAGGGUUUUUGGGACAGUCGGCGGGUUGGGGGGGGAUUGGGACGUUGAUUACGGGGCUGAGUGCGUUGAUGUGGACGCUUUUUUAUAUGUGCGUGCCGGAGACGUAUGCGCCUUAUCUAUUGCGUUGUCGAGCGGCUAAGAUGUCUGUCAAGACUGGGCGGCAUUAUAUCAGUAAGAUGGACCAUCUUCGAGGGAAGCAGACGUUCAAGAAAACCAUCUCUACGGCACUCUUGCGUCCUUGGAAACUCCUCUUCGCGGAACCGAUCGUCUCGCUUCUCUCCGUGUAUACGGCCAUUGUCUUCGGGACUAUGUACAUGAUGUUCGCAGCAUAUCCCAUUGUUUUCGUGGACGGGUAUGGACUCAGUCCCGGGGUCGCUGGUCUUCCGUUUCUAGGUUUGGCUGUGGGGAUGUUACUCGCUUUGCUAUUCCUGUUUUUGCAAGGGAAGCAGUACGCCCGAACAGCAGCGGCGUCUCCAAAUGGAAAAGCACCACCCGAGGCUCGCUUAGUACCUUGCAUGAUAGGGGGUGUUGCCACACCAAUAGGACUAUUCUGGUUCGCAUGGACGAACGGCCCUCCUUUAAACCCAAUGAUCUGUAUAGCGGGUACCGUUCCUUUUGGGUUCGGAAUGGUUCUUAUUUUCCUAAGCGUCAUCAAUUAUCUUGUAGAUACGUACGCCAUAUACGCGGCGUCUGCCCUGGCUGCGAAUGCGGCGUUGAGAAGUUUGUUCGCUGCGAGCUUUCCGCUAUUUACUAAGGCUAUGUAUGCCAAGCUGGGAGUUCAUUGGGCGAGCAGUGUUCCGGCUUUUCUGGCACUGGUUUGUGUGCCGUUGCCGUUUUGGUUUUAUAGGUAUGGAGAAAAAAUUAGGAAUAAGGGCGUGUAUGUGCAGGAGGUAAAGCGGAUUUUGGCUCAGAUGGCUCAGACGCAGAAAAAAGUAGUUCCUGAAGGAAGGAGUGAAGCUUCAUUGGAAAGGGGUAAUUCAAUGGAAGGUAUUGGUUUGGAUGAAAAAGGUGGAGCGUACAGGCCAUGUUAUGGGAUGUUUUGUUUAGGCUGCUCUGAUGAGUAUUUGAAUGUAUGUAGGAAUAGAAAAUCGGAGUGA